CCGUUUGCAGUCGCUCCUGCUCCCGCCGCUCCAGGCGGUUGCCGGUGCGUCAGAGGCGCAGUUGCCUGCGUCAGGACGCGCGCACCGCAAGUUUUGCACCGUGCUCGUUUGUCGCUGCCGGUGCGUGGAACGGGUUCAGGGGCAAGCCGAAGCCUGAAUAAGUGUGAUGGGUUUGCUGGCGCGUAAUAGUGUGGAGACAACAACUUUUCCCCCCAGGCCCCCACAGGUCAGUGGGCUGUGUCGUCACGCCCGAGCGCACUGCCCACAUGUGUACUGUGUAGACAGCUGAGUGGAGUGACCCGCCGCGUCCUCUGUCAGCAACGCUGGGAAGGACAGUGGACAGCUCGCUCUGAUCAUCCGGGUUUUUUUUUUCUCCCAUCGAUCAAAGGGUUUGAUUUCUUCUUCUGAGGGAUUUUUCCAGGGGGCAACGGGGAGACACCUUCAAAGUUGCGCCAGAUGGAGCGUCCGGCCAACCCGGGGGCAGACAGCCCGGUGGAGUUGGAGUUAACGGUGGAGAAUGUGGAAUCGGCUCUCUACCAGCUUUACUUCGAUCCGGACAUGGAGCGUAAGAAUGUGGCCCAGGAGUGGCUGACCCAGGCCCAGGGCUCUGCGCAGGCCUGGCACUUCUGCUGGGCCCUGCUCAGCCCGGACAAGCUGCCAGAGGUUCAGUUUUUCGGCGCCAGCACCCUCCACACCAAGAUCUCCCGUCACUGGAGCGACCUACCCACGGACCAGCACGAGGGCCUCAGGAUACAGCUCCUCGACCACAUCCUGCGCUUCUCCUCGGGGCCCAAAAUGGUGCUGACCCGUCUGUGUGUGUCCCUGGCUUCCAUGGCUCUCAACCUGAUCCCCCAGGCGUGGCUGCAGCCGGUCGCGGACAUGGUGAGGGCGUUCCAACCGCAGAAACCUGCCUCCGAAGGUGGCCCCGGCGCGGAGGCCUCGCAGGACCCCCACGCGCACUGCCUGGCGCUGCUGGAGCUCCUCACCGUACUCCCGGAGGAGUUCCAGAGCAGCCGGCUGGCUCAGGCUCGCCGCACGCAGCUGAGAGAGGCCCUGGCCGGCGAGUGGGCGGUGGUGUGCCCCAUGCUGUGUCAGCUCCUUCAAAGCCAGGACUCGUCGAACCGGGUGAAGGACAAGGUGCUGCGCUGCCUGUCCAGCUGGGUGGCGCUGGAUGUGCCACUGGGGGAGAGUCAUGAACUGGUCCAGGAAUGUUUCACGGCACUGUCCGACCCGGAGCUGUUUGACACGGCCGUGGAGACGAUAGUCGACGCCAUAUCACAGCCUGACUGCCAGAGGUACGUCGACGCUCUGGUGAGCCUGAUGCCUCUGGUGCUGGGGCUCCAUGACCAGCUGAAGGCAGCGGUCCAGGACGGGGACAUGGAGACCUCACAUGGUAUCUGUCGCAUCGCUGUUGCUAUGGGAGAGACACACUCCAGGGUUUUGUUGGAACAGGUGGAUCACUGGCAAGAGUAUCUGGCUCUGGUCAACAUGAUUCUGUACUGUACUGGUAUCCCUGGUCAUUACCCGGUCAGCGAGACCACCAGCUCCCUCACACUCACCUUCUGGUACACUCUGCAGGACGACAUCCUGUCGUUCGAGGAGGAGAAACAGGCGGUCUACCUGCAGGUUUACAGGCCCGUUUACUUCCAACUGGUGGACGUGCUGCUACAUAAAUCCCACUAUCCCUCGCAGGAGGAAUUCACAUCCUGGUCUUCUGAUGACAAGGAGCAGUUCAGAAUCUACAGGGUCGACAUCUCUGACACUCUGAUGUAUGUCUAUGAAAUGUUGGGGGCGGAGCUGCUCAGCAACCUCUACGACAGGCUGGGCAGACAGCUGAUGGACCCGCAACAGUCGGCGAUAUGGCAGGACACAGAGGCCCUGUUAUUCGGCUUCCAGUCCAUCGCUGAGACCAUAGAUGUGAACUACUCCGAUGUCAUCCCCGGUCUCAUUGGUCUGAUUCCCAGAAUCAACAUCAGCAACGUUAUGCUGGCCGACACCGUCAUGUACACCAUCGGAUCCCUGGCUGAGUGGCUGGCGGACCACCCGGUGAUGCUGGGUGGCAUAUUACCCAUGGUGCUCCAGGGUCUUGUGAAGGCAGAGCUGUCAGUGUCCAGCGUAUCCACUCUGAAGAGGAUCUGCAGGGAGUGUAGACACGACCUCGGCCCCUAUGCUCCGGACAUCCUGUCCGUGUCCCAGGAUGUCCUGGUCAAAGAAAUCCAUAAGAGCAGCCAGUGCAUGUGGCUGAUGCAGGCCCUGGGCUUCCUGCUGUCGGCCUUGCCCGUCGACGAGAUCCUGGGCAGACUUCACUCUCUCAUCACGCCUCACGUCCAGCGGCUGGACACACUGACCCAACACGAGCCCGAUCCCAGUGACAAACAGUCCAUCGUCCACAUCCUGGGCCUGCUGUCCAGUCUCUUCACCACUCUGGACAUCAACAGACAAGCGGACGACCUGGAGCCAGCAGCCAGUCCCAGACUCCCCCCCUCACAGACCACACAACACCCAGUUGUGGUUGUGCUACAACAAGUGUUCACACUGAUCCAGACCAUCCUCAGCAAGUGGCUUGACGACUCGGAGGUAGUGGAGGCAGUGUGUGCCGUAUUUGAUAAAUCCGUGCGAACCCUCCUACACGAUUUUGGGCCUAUGGUGGCUCAGCUGAGUGAGAUGCUGGCGCAGAUCUACAGCGCCUUCCCACAAGCCUCUGCACUGGACCUGGCACGGCAGAUGGUUCACAUAUUCGCUGGAGACGAACAUCACAUCUCCAACAUCAGAGGCCUGAGCGAACUGUUGACUUCAGCCACACUCGCCAUAUUUCAGCAAGGUCCACGGGAACAUCCUGAUAUCGCAGAAUCAUUCAUGCACCUUCAUGCUCAGAUUCUUAAAAGGAAGCCUGAGUUCUACCUGUCCGAUCAGCUGGACAAAAAAGCACUGUUUUACUGUGGGAUUCUAUCGCUGCAGUUCCCGGAGACGCCCACAGUGAAAGCUGCCAGUCUGUUCUUCACAGAGCUGCUGCCUCGCUGUAAGGACAUGCCGUCUCUUGGUGAAGUGUUGCAGAGGGAUGGGAAGCUCCUGACGGAGACCAUACUCCAGGCGGUUGGGGGCGGCUCUCCUCGCAGCCUGACCGAGCCUUUCUCCGAGGUGCUGCUGAGUCUAAACAGUCACUGUCCAGCUCUGUUGGCCCAGUGGCUGAAGGAAACACUACAGACCCCAGGGUUCCCCUCUGCCCAGGUCUCCACGGAGCAGAAACACACCUUCAGUCAGCAGCUUCUGAGUAAACUUCCUGCAAAUGUGAAAUGCACCGUACCUUGGUGCAGCGCGUCUUGCUGAAGACGUUCCAGAAACGCAGCGUCUCAUCCCCAGCUCCAGUUACGAUGGCUUCCCCGUCGGGCGACACCGCCUGCGGAGGGAGGAUGAAAGGGUGAAAACGAUGAUAUUGUCCGUUUUUCUUUGGGAACAGGACAUUCAACAUACUCAGAAAAAGCUCAACGUUACUGGAAAUCAGAACUAAAGGAGAAACGUGGGCGCAUGAUGAGUACAUUUUGUAAAAUUUUAUGAGCUCUUACUUUAAAUAAGAUUUUUCUAAAUGCAGGACUUGAAAACUCUGGACACGUGUAUUGCAUACAGUGUCAUGUGAACAUGCCGCCUCACCAGAUACAGCACUCUGUACGAGUGUCCUGUCAGCUUUGCCACCUGCGUUAGUGACGGAUACUUCCACACCAGGAUCUGGUUCUGAGAGUAGCCAUGAGUGCUCACCUGGAAACAGAGAAAUGGAUAUUAAAUAUGAAACAAAUGUGGAAAAAGAAAAACACAUUUUUCUGCUUGGAAUUAUGUUGUGUUGUAUUAAACUGUGUUAUGAUGAAA